UUUUGGUUUCGUGACUAUUCUCUCAGUGUAAACUAUGAAACGUCAUUUUCCAAAAGAGUUGAGAUGAGACUGCUAGUCUGCUUGAGAUGAGAACACCUACUAUCCGUCCUACCGUACCGUGACAGUCAGCUGAUGGUAGAAGUAAGUGAGUGAUGCGCGUUUUCCUGUUUCUGUUCUCCGGCGUUUCACUACCCCCUGUCGACACACUGACAGCUCAGAAAACCUGAGCAUGACCGACCGGGCGUGUGUGUGUGUCGAGAGAGAGAAAGGGGUUUCAGCAGCAAGUCGAAAAUGAGCAGAUGAAUAAGGCAGACAAACUUGUGAGGACAUCUUAAUGCCAUACGGUUUGAGAAAAUUCAAAUUCAAAAUCCAUCAUCCUUGGUUCGGAUAUUUAACAUUUACCAAGACGGCGAAUGAAGGACGUCCCUGGAAUAAACCAAAGGAACUUAUAUGGAAAGGCAUGGAUGAAAGGAGACUGAGGUAGAAGCCGAUCUUGGUCUGCAGGGCCGACGACCGCAACGACAUCUGGAGUGAUUGCUGGUGCAGCCUGCAGGGCAGCAUCUGGCCGUGGCUGCGAUGGAGAGGCAUGAUCAUCCUCUCCCAGAUGUGUCCCACGGCUUUCCGGGCGAUCUGGAAGCCUCCAGCUCCUGAGUCCAAUUUAAUUUACUGCAAUCCACAAGAUCUUGAGGCAUCUCCCAAAUGGACUACAAAUAUGGCCGUCUUAGCCUCCCUGUCCAGGCUGAGGACUUCAAAAGGGGGCCUGUCCUGCAAAGCGUGGGCGAUAGGUCGAUGAGCCUGCUGGCUCUGGUGGAGGUGAACAGGGGGCAAUGGUGGCCCUGGGGCCACAAGAAGGUCAAGCUUUACAGUUUCCUGUUUGGACUGACAGUGGCCUUCCUGAUCACGGCAUCCUACGUCCUUAAUGGUGACAAGAAGGGUCUUCUGCUGACCCCGUCGCCAUACCACGUGCAGGUCGUGAGUAAUACAGGACAUCACCCUUAUAACCUGACCUUCAUCAGAGACUAUGCCAGUGUCAAAGAGGUGGUGAAGAGCAUUGUAGCCAAAGUGGAGUUCAGCCAUCGAAGAGUGCCUGACCUUAAACAGCUGCUGGAAAAUGAACCACAUAUAUUUUCCGUCAUCCCUCGGAAGUUCCUCACCAGCAUCAAAAACCCCUGCUGGUUCGAGGAGCACACUGGAAAUGGCACCGCUGACCCUUACGGGAAGAACGUGUACGCCCUCUACUCACGCCGCUUCCAGGCCAUCUACGAAUACCUGAGGAGCGCUUUAAGGGAACACCUGUACGAACAGGGAGGGAAACGGUACCGCCUGCGAUGCCUCCCUUACUUCUACAUCAUGGGUCAGCCUAAGUGUGGCACCACGGACCUGUACGACCGCCUACGCCGGCACCCCGACGUCCGCUUCACUACCAUGAAGGAGCCUCACUGGUGGACUAGAAAGAGAUUUGGUAUCAUUAGGCUGAGUGAUGGUUUCAAUGCUCGCUACCCCAUGAAGGACUACCUGGAUCUGCUUGACCUGGCAGCCUUUCAGAUUCACGACAAUCUCCUGGGAAACCGAUCCAAAGGUCGUGCCAAGCGGGACAUCAUUAUAGGUGAAGCCAGUGCUUCAACGAUGUGGGACAACAAUGCUUGGGUAUAUUUCUACCACAAUGGGACAGAGGAGGAGCCGCCAUUCUUGGUGCAGGACUUCAUCCACGCCGUCCAGCCUGAUGCCAAAUUCAUUGUGAUGCUCAGAGAUCCAGUCGAGAGACUCUACUCUGACUACUUGUACUUCGGCCUGGCCAACAAGUCAGUGGAGGACUUCCACGAGAGGGUGUCGGAGUCACUGCAGCUGUUGGAGGCGUGCCUGUCUGAGAGCUCCCUGCGUUCCUGUGUGUACAACACCUCCCUCAACGUCGCCAUGCCCGUAAGACUGCAGGUUGGCCUGUACAUAGUGUACUUACUGGACUGGAUGUCCGUUUACAGCAAAGAGCAGAUCCUAGUUCUUCGCCUGGAAGAUCAUGCAGCCAACUGCAAAAAAACAAUGCACAAAGUCUUCAGAUUCCUCAGUUUAGGAUCCCUGUCAGUGGAGAAGGAGGCUGAGAUCACUAGGAGUCCAGCGUCCAACACCAGGAGACCAGCUGACCUGCACCUGGGCCCCAUGCUGCCUGCAACCAGGGACCUCCUCCAGCAGUUUUACCAGCCCUUCAACCAGAGACUAGCCAAGAUGCUGCAGGACAAGGCCUUCCUAUGGACGCAACCCUGACAACAGGGACAAGGCCUUUCUAUGGACGCAACCCUGACAACAGGGACAAGGCCUUUCUAUGGACGCAACCCUGAGACCAGGGACAAGGCCUUUCUAUGGACGCAACCCUGAGAACAGGGACAAGGCCUUCCUAUAGACGCAACCCUAGGAACAGGGACCAGCCUCUCCUUAAACAGCGUUUUCAUAAAGACGUCUUUUGGGGUGACCUCCAGGUGGAACCACUCCAAUGUGACAGAGAUGCAAAAGACUUUUUGAAAAAGAAAAAACCUUUAUGACUACAGGGUUGUAUGGAGACGUGUAGACUCUGUGGGUGUCGAAGCUCCUCUACUGUCCUUGCCCGUAGUGUGGAACGCCAGCGAGUCCGUCUGUGUGAGGUUCCAAUGAAUGGCGAAAGCUGCCAGAUUCAAGAAACGUCCUUGAAUGUCUCUCCUAAUUUGCAAACUGCCUCUGCAGCAAGUCUCAAAUGCACAAAAAGAUAUAUUGAUGAGUGAGUAUUUCAGCAGAGAAAUAUGACUACUUGUGUGAGCUGCAUAUAUAUAUUCCUCUUGCAAGACCUUGGCGGUUGUUUUUGUAUCGGUGAGGAAGUAAGAUAAUGUAUAAGGAACACCAUGGGAAACGUCAUGAUUAACUCAAGACAUAUGUCCAAAUCUAAAAGGGGUGGUGUGUGUGGCUCUCCGUCUCCUUCAUUUGAAGUCGUGUCAUUAAGUCUAACAUCAACAUACAUCAGUCAGCGCUGUUUACUAUUCACCAUGCCUUUCAUGCAGAGUACCGGUAAUACAUUUGAAACGGAUGCACAAAUUAACGUGUGU